CGUCCCCUCUGGCGUGCUGCUGGAGAACAGCAUGUUUGCAGAUAGGCGACGACCGCUGCUGUUCCGGACUGAACUGAGCAUCUGUGCCUUUAAAGACUUGUAAGUGCGCCUCCACCAGAGCCCACAGUCAACUUCCCACAACUCCGACGCGCUCGGCGAGUAGAGUAGAGCUAACUUAACCACAAAGGCACUGGCUCACCUUCACAUCUAGACCCAUGGAAUAAUAACUAUGGAAUACCACUGGAUACUGCUGUCUGUCUUUUUACAGCUAGCCUUCCAUCCAGGCAACACCAAGAUCACUAUCCUCCCCGCUGAGCCUCAGCUCGUCGUCCGGCUGAACGAACCUUUCAGCCUCCGCUGCCUAGGUGAGAAUAAGGUGCAGUGGAUGCGGGAAUGGCGAAAGGUGGCGGCAGCAAAAGAGAUACAUGGGAUGUGGACCGUGCACUACCCCAAGGCUCUGCCAUUUCACCUGGGCCGCUACAUCUGCCAGGAGGAGGGCUCAGGGGACCAAGCCUCAAUCUACGUCUUUGUGAAAGAUCCAGACAAUCCAUUCAGAAGACCAAUGGUGUCCAAGAUUCUCGCUCGUGAAGGAGAUGACUGUGGCAUCCCCUGCCUGGCAACUGAUCCAGAUAUUCACAGUCUGAACCUGGAGACAUGCAAUGGUGAAGCUCUGACCUCUGGUCUUCAGUUUUCUGCAAGCCUCCAGAAAGGCAUCAUCAUCCACAACACUCAGAAGACCUAUGGAGGUUGCUACGUGUGCACAGGGACACUCAUGGAUAAGCACGUCAGAUCGUCUAACUACGACCUGACAGUGAAACCAGUGCCUGUUGCUCCUCCUGUAAUCGAGAUGCAGCCGUCCAGAAGAAUUAUUCUCACCCGCAAUGAACAUCUGACCAUCAACUGCAACACCACUAAUGUCAAUGGUGACAUCAACAUGAGCUGGAUCACCCCACCUGGCUCGGGUGCCGUCUGGUAUCCACAGCAACCAGCAAAGGUUGACGGUGCUUCACGCAUCCUGACGGAGAACUUCACCCACAUGCGCAGUACCACGCUGCAAAUCGCCGCGGUACGGCCUCAAGAUUCCGGGAGCUACAAGUGUGAAGCCAGGAAUGAAAAAGGGAGCAGUGUGAAGUCAGUGUGGCUAGAUGUUUACGAAAAAGGAUUCAUUGACUUGACGACCGCGAACAACAGAACCAUCCAUGUCCGCUCAGGUGAGAGCAUGUCUCUGAAGGUUAACAUGGAGGCUUAUCCGAAGUUGCACAGCCUCUCCUGGAGCUUCAUGGACCACAAGCUGAGCAACACAAGCGAUCAUGUCAUCACCAAGCACAGUAAUGAAUACAGCUACAUCAGUGAGCUGAGGCUGGUGCGGCUGAAAAUGACAGAAGGUGGCGUUUACACCUUCAGAGCCUCCAACGGUGACGCAUCAGUAAACCAGACAUUCACCAUCUUUGUGAUCAGCAAACCUGAGAUUGUAUCUCAAGAGGGACCAGUGGAUGGACAGGUACGAUGUGUGGCUGAGGGAUUCCCUGCCCCCCAGAUCAGCUGGUACUACUGUGAGCAGCCGUACGUCAGGUGCUCCCAGCAGGUGAACGGCACCCAGGAGGAGCGCGACGUCAUCACCAUCACAUUGUUCAGCCCAAUGUUCGGGAAGACGGAGGUGGAGAGUCGGGUGAACGUCAGCAGGGGACGUUUCAGUACUCUUGAAUGUGUGGCUACUGUGGAAGGAGAGCAGGCGUACACCCUCUUCUCUAUUAGCGAGAGAAGAGUCGCCCAUGAACUGUUCUCCCCUCUCCUUAUUGGCUCUGUGUCAGCGGCAUGCAUCCUCUGCCUUGUCCUUAUCAUGCUGUUCUACAAGUACAUGCAGAAGCCCAAAUACCAGAUUCAGUGGAAGGUUAUUGAGGGAAUUCAUGGCAACAACUAUGUGUACAUUGACCCCACCCAGUUGCCGUACGAUCACCAGUGGGAGUUUCCGCGAAACAACUUGCGUUUCGGGAAGACGCUGGGAUCUGGGGCAUUUGGAAAAGUGGUGGAAGCCACUGCAUAUGGACUCUCCAAAGCAGAUUCAGUCAUGACGGUGGCUGUGAAAAUGCUCAAAUCAAGCGCCCAUGCCACAGAGAAAGAGGCGCUGAUGUCAGAGCUGAAAGUCCUCAGCUACUUGGGAAAUCACAUGAACAUUGUCAACCUGUUGGGAGCCUGCACUGUUGGAGGCCCCACACUGGUGAUCACCGAGUACUGCUGCUUUGGAGACCUUCUCAACUUUCUCCGCAGAAAGCGAGAAUCCUUCAUCCACUUUAAGCUUGAGGAGUACUACUACUACCGCAACGUCAUGCAACAGAAAGUCACAGAUGGUGACAGCUUGAAUGGCUACAUGACCAUGAGGCCUUCUGCUGCUGGCAAACCGCCGCUCAGCUCAUCCUCCGAGAAGAGACGCUCGCUACGCAAAGGAAGCUCCUAUGUUGAAACAGAUGCGGAGUGCGAGAUGUUCGAAGAGGACGGCCUGUCUCUAGACACCGAAGACCUUCUCAGCUUCUCAUACCAGGUGGCCAAAGGCAUGGAGUUCUUAGCCUCCAAAAAUUGUAUUCACAGGGACUUGGCUGCAAGAAAUAUCCUACUGACACAAGGAAGAGUGGCAAAAAUCUGCGAUUUUGGACUGGCCCGGGACAUCACCACAGACUCUAACUACGUAGUCAAAGGCAAUGCUCGUCUGCCAGUAAAAUGGAUGUCUCCUGAAAGCAUUUUUGAGUGCGUAUAUACAUUUGAGAGUGACGUGUGGUCCUAUGGCAUCUUGCUUUGGGAAAUCUUCUCCUUGGGAAACAGUCCUUAUCCUGGUAUGCCUGUGGAUGCCAAGUUCUACAAACUGAUAAAAGAAGGAUACAGAAUGGAUGCUCCAGACUUUGCACCUGGCGAAAUGUAUCAGAUCAUGAGGUCCUGCUGGGAUGCUGACCCCUUCAACAGACCCCCCUUCAGGAAGGUUGUGGAAAGAAUUGAGCAGCAGCUGUCAGAUGCCACUAAGCAUAUUUAUCUGAACUUCAGCUCCAGGCUUGCCGGGACGCCCAAAGCCAGGGAGGAGCCCAGUUCUCAAAGCUCAGCAUUUUACAGUUUGAACUCUGCCGGCAGCAGCAGCACACCUACCCAGCCCUUACUGGUCCAACACGAGGUCUUCCUGGAGGGGACAACCCUCAGAGCCCAGUGGGUGUAAGGACACACCUAACCUGUCUGGCUGCCUCUUAAAGUGCCUGUAAUGUUCCGCCACAAACCACCCAACCACUACGCCUGCUCACCGUCCCGGUGCCAGGAGCAUUUGUUGUUGUGUGUUGCAGCCGGAAUAACGCAAUGUAACUGCCAUUUAGGAAGAGAAAGAACAACAAAGGACUGACGCUAAUGGCUUUUAUCUUUGUUAUCACUAAUUACAGGGAGGACACAUGGACUUAUGCUCUCCCUGGUCUUGGCAAAGAACUUUAAGGCACUAGGGACUAUAGGGGGGCAUCAACCAUUACUCUAAAACUGUCAUUAAGUACAUUGUUAUCUGUUUUGUUAUUUUCUUUUUUUUUUUCAGUUACAUUUUUCCUACACAUUUCAUAAAAGUCGUUUUGUUGUUGUUUUUUUCUUUGGCAAUCCAUAUAUAACUGUUUCUAUCUAUUGGAGUUCAUUUUCUUUUUACAUUUUGUGUUUUGUUACUUUUUUGUUGUUUUUCUCUUUUGGAAAUUCAUGUAGCGUUUUACUUUGGGUUGGCUGUUGCAGUUGUCAGAGAAAAAGAAAGCACUCGAGGCACUUGAACUUCAUAUCAUUCCCACACCACGUAAAGCAGCUUUUAUGUCUUUUUUCUUUUUCUUUUUUUUACUCUUUUAUUAUCAGUAUUAUUUACAACUUUUUGGAUCUUUGUCAUGUGAAGGAGAUACUUUCUGGGGGCCAAUUAUAAUUGAGAUGUUGAGAUACUGGUAUAUAAGCUAUUAGACAGCAUGUUCGGUCAUGCUCAGAGUCCGUAAGUGCUUCAGGUUGAUUAGGAGAUACAGUUCUGCUCUUUUGUCUGUCGGAUGUCUCUACCUAGAGAGAAAUUAACUGUCUUUACUGGACCUUACUAACCAUGGAUACCAUGGAUCAGAGCAUGAUAACACGGUUGUCUUCAGAGAUAUGGUAUAGAUACGGUACUUUAGCUUGUCAUUUAUGUGCUUGUUGACUGUAUAUGUGUAGAUAUUUGCAGGUAAUGACGGUAGCCAUUGCUCUAUGAUGAGGUGCGCUAUCAGAGUCUUGACAAUCUGUGAAGCCCGUAGGUCUUAGUGUUCGUUAGCUUUGUUACAUAGGCAGGUCAUUUUUUUACAGCUGGACUGAUGGAGAGAAAUCUAUUGUACAGGUGUAAAUAGCUGUUCAGGUCCAUGUGGUUCCUCUCCUGCUGCAUAUCCCAUGUAUGAUAUUUGUUUACAAGCAUGAGACAGGUACUGCCAUUCCUGAGACGUGUUUUCUAUGCUUUUCACCUUCCACCCCUCCAUGAAGGACCAGAAAACGGGAAUCUUUCUGUUUUGGCUGACAAGCAGUUGGUGUGUUAUCACCCCAUAUUAGCGCUGUAGUUCUCUGUUGUACAAUAUAUGUAUCAUGGAUAAAGUCAAGGUGACAUAUGUGAAAUGCCAUUAAGUGGACUGCAGUAUUCCCUGAGGUGACAAGCCAGAGGAAAACAGAGGAUCUCCCAGGCUCUCUGUUCAGAUGUUGACACUGGGCACAGGACUCAAGUGUGUUGGUCAUCUCAUUGUUCUCCGGCCAGUAGCUGGUUUCCCAGCAGUCCCUCUCUUCUUUGUAUCCAGCUGUUUCCUCCAUCAGAAGUGGGACUUUCAGCACCUCUCAGCCAGUAGUCUGUAUCAGUCCAGACCUUUACGAACCCCCUCUUCCCACUGGUGGAUGUUGUUCUAAAGAGGACCAGGAAAGUGUCCUGUUUGUUGUGUGUGAGCAUGUGUGCUUGGUUGUGUGUGUGUGUGUGUGUGUGUGUGUGUGUGUGUGUGUGUGUGUGUGUGUGUGUGUGUGUGUGUGUGUGCGCGAGCAUGCUCGUCUGCUUUCAUGUGCUUGUCUGUGUGAUUGCAUACUGUCAAGAGGUGCCACUACUAAAGAUUCAUCAAGUCGUUUGGUCUACUAAAACCCCACCGUCUUACUGCUCUGUCUUUUUGUAAAUAUAUAUGUAUGUAUAUUGUAAAGUUGCGUUGACGCUUUUGAAGAUGUUUAUCACGGUACUCCGAGGCAGAAUUUUAUCAUGCUGUAUUUUCUUAUGUGUGCACACGUUUCCUACUGUAGAUUCAACUGGAGAAGCUGCUUGUCUUGGUCACCAUGGUAACAGAAGAAGUUCACUUUGGCUAACGUUUUCAUUUUUGGCUAAUUCAUCUUUUCAGACAGUUUCGCCAGUUCACUCGGUAACUGCCAGGACUGAACUGCUCCCACUACUUGUAAGUGAUCGUCAGUAUUCAAGGCAAUAUCACUGAAAAGGAUAUACUACUAAAUUCCACCCACUUGUCUCACAAGAAUAGAGGUUAUUUUUCCAUAUUAUGGCCCCCCUCACGUUUCCUGCAUUUUGCUGCAUAUUUAUUAAAAGCAUUAGAGUUAUUGUGUACAUUUGAUGUGUUGCUAUUACAUGUGUCAAUGUAAAUAAAAUUGUGUUUAUUGAA